GGGGCGCCCCCAGGUCCUCCCCCAUCCCGGGAGGGGUCCCCGUGUUCAGGGGGAUGCCCCCCGUUAUCCCCAUCCCCAUCCCAGGAGGGGUCCCCCUUUGCAGGGCUGCACCCCCCGGCCCCCAUCCCCAUCCCCGGGAGGGGUUCCCAUGCGUAGGGGUGCACCCCUUGUUACCCCCCUCCCAUCCCAGGAGGGGUCCCUAUGUGUGGGGAGGCGCCCCCCAGUCCCCAUCCCCGUCCCAGGAGGGGUCCCAAUGUGUAGGGGCGUGCCCCCCUCUUACCCCCCCCCCCACCCUAGGAGGGGUCCCCAUGUGCAGGGCUGCGCCCCCCGUUACCCUCCUCCCAUCCCAAGAGAGGUCCCCGUGUGCAGGGGUAUGCCCUCUGGCACCCCCCAUCCCGGGAGGGGUCCCCACGUGUAGGUCUGCUACCCCUGGUCCCCCCUCCCCAUCCCAGGAGGAGUCCCCCUUUAGUAGGGCUGCGCCCCCUGUUUCCCCCCCCUCCCAUCCCAAGAGAGGUCCCCGUGUGCAGGGGUAUGCCCUCUGGCACCCCCCAUCCCGGGAGGGGCCCCCAUUUUAGGGGUGCUCCCCCCGGCCCCCCGCACUCCCCCUCCCUCUGCCCUCCCCAUGAGCCGCCCAGCCCAGCCCAGCCCAGCCCAGCCCAGCCGGGACGCCCCCGUCCUGCCGGGGGGGUCUGGACCUUGCCCUCCCUCAGCCCCCGGCAGAGUUUGGACCCAGGCCGAAGGCUGCUCGGGAGCCACAGCGCGGGGACAGCUGACGGAGCCGGGGAGCCCCGCGUCCCCCCCGAGUGCCACCGGGACCUCCAGGAGCCGCUGCCCCACCACGCUGCCAUGGAGGCCUCCAAGAAGCUGGUCAGCUCGGUGGCCGGCUGCGCCGACGACACGCUGGCCGGGCUGGUGGCCUGCAACCCCGGGCUGCGGCUGCUGCGGGGACACCGGGUGGCCCUGCGCGCUGACCUGGCCGCCCUGCGGGGACGCGUGGCCCUGCUCUCCGGGGGGGGCUCCGGCCACGAGCCCGCCCAUGCAGGGUACAUCGGGAAGGGCAUGCUGAGCGGGGUGGUGGCCGGCGCCGUCUUCACCUCUCCCGCCGUGGGCAGCAUCCUGGCGGCCAUCCGGGCGGUGACGCAGGCUGGCGCAGUGGGGACCCUCCUGAUCGUGAAGAACUACACUGGGGACCGGCUGAACUUCGGGCUGGCGCUGGAGCGGGCACGGGCAGAGGGGGCUGACGUGCAGAUGGUGGUGGUGGGGGACGACUGCGCUUUCACCACCCAGAAGAAAGCUGGGCGCCGCGGGCUGUGCGGCACCGUCCUCGUGCACAAGGUGGCCGGGGCCCUGGCUGAGGCGGGGGCAAGCUUGGAUGAGAUUGUCAAGAGGGUGUCGGCGGUCGCCAAAGCCAUGGGCACCCUGGGGCUCAGCCUGUCCCCGUGCAGCGUCCCCGGGUCCAAGCCCACCUUCCAGCUGGCUGACGAUGAGAUGGAGCUGGGGCUGGGGAUCCACGGCGAGGCGGGCGUGCGCAGGAUGAAGGUGAUGCCGGCGGACGAGGCGGUGGAGACGAUGCUGGCGCACAUGACAGACCCUGCCAAUGCCUCCCAUCUGCCCCUGAGCCGCGGUGCUUCUGUGGUGCUGGUGGUGAACAACCUGGGCGGGCUGUCCUGCCUGGAGCUGGGCAUCGUGGCUGGCGCUGCCGUGCGUGGGCUGGAGAGACGAGGAGUCCGCAUCGCCCGGGCCCUGGUGGGCUCCUUCAUGACGGCGCUGGAGAUGGCCGGGGUCUCCCUCACCCUCAUGCUGGCAGACGAGGAGCUGGUGGGGCUGAUCGAUGCCGAGACCACGGCCAUGGCUUGGCCCAACCUGGUUGCGGGGCCUGCCAUGAGCCAGAGACCGGAGGUGCCGGCACCAAACGAGGGACCAGAGACAGCUCAGCAAGCGCCCAGCACAGGGCCCGGUGCAAAGUGGGUGCAGCUGGUCCUGGAGCGGGUGUGCAGCACCCUGCUGGGCCUGCAGGACAAGCUCAACGAGCUGGACCGCGCGGCGGGCGACGGGGACUGCGGCCACACACAUGCCCGGGCCGCGCGAGCCAUCCAGGAGUGGGUGCGGAGCCGGCCCCCGCCGGCAGCCCCAGCCCAGCUCCUCUCGGCCCUGGCCGACCUGCUGCUGGAGAAGAUGGGCGGCUCCUCCGGCGUGCUCUACGGGCUGUUCCUGACGGCGGCCGCCCGGCCCCUGCACAACCGCAGCGACCUCCCGACGUGGGCUGACGCCAUGGACGCCGGCAUCGAAGCCAUGCAGCGGUACGGAGGAGCUGCCCCGGGGGACAGGACGAUGCUGGACUCGCUGUGCGCCGCGGCGCAGGCGCUGCACGCCCUGCGCGGCCCCGGAGCCGACCUGCUGACGGUGCUGGCCUCCGCCGUGCAGAGCGCGGAGGCGGCGGCAGAAGCCACCCGGCACAUGGAGGCCGGCGCGGGCAGAGCCAGCUACAUCAGCUCGGCCCAGCUGCUGCAGCCUGACCCCGGGGCGGUGGCGGCAGCGGCUGUGCUGCGCGCCGUGCUGGAGGGGCUGCGGGGCUGAGGGAGGGCGGCCGGCUUGUGGCUGCCCCCCCCCGCCCCGGCUCCCCAGGGCUGCAGCAGCGAUGGGAGACACGGCAGCACGCCCCGAGCACCCCCAAUGAAUAUUUGCGGUCCCAC